CCAUUCUCUUGGUCAGUUUGGAGGGAAUCUCGAAUCGUGCCGAACAGGUCAGUGACAAAGCCCAAAGAUGCCGAUUCUUCCUUGCUUGCUUGAUUCUUCCUUCCUCCCAGUCUCUAUCUAGUUGAUACUGAUUUAUGACCCUCGCCAGCUGCGCUUACAGGUCCGGAAACAAAAGAACGACGACACAGAAGGCAAAAGAAUUGGAGCGAGCGGCUACUACUGCGUACCAGAAGAGCAAAACAAAAAGGAUGAGAGCAAAACGUACAGCAGCAGGGAUUCCCACGUGGUCACCCACCGUAGUACUAAUCUGCCGUUCAACUGCUUAUGUAUGGCAGAGCGGACGGGAUGCCCGGUUUUCAGCUGACUGUGGCCGUACGUGAUGAAUGUGGAAAACCUAGCGUCUAAGAAGCGGUCGAGUCAAUUGGCUCUACUCAGACAAAAAGGUGCAAUUACAUGAGAAGGUUGUGCACAGCACAAGUACAUUCGAAGGAAGUUUCUG